AUGGCCGCCAGUAGCUCCGAGGACGACGGCGGGAAAGAUUCAAGUCGUCGGGUCCCUAGCAAAUCUGCACCAGCGAGGGCGGCCGUGCGCGACGAGACUCCGGAGGACUCUUCUGCGGAUGAGAGCGUCACAGAAGACAUUAUAUGGAAAAAGAAGAAAGAGACGAUGCUGAAGAAUCUCCCACCAGGUGUCGAUGAAUCGGCUGCGAAGCAGAUCCUGAAUGACAUCAUAGUCCAGGGGGACGAAGUUCGCUGGACUGAUGUUGCCGGACUCGACGUUGCCAAAAAUGCUCUCCGAGAGGCAGUUGUGUAUCCUUUCCUCCGGCCAGACCUGUUCAUGGGGCUUCGGGAGCCCGCACGUGGCAUGCUUCUCUUCGGCCCGCCUGGAACAGGAAAAACGAUGCUGGCGCGCGCUGUUGCUACCGAAUCGAAGUCGACGUUUUUCUCGAUAUCUGCCAGCAGCUUGACCAGCAAGUUUCUAGGGGAGUCCGAAAAGCUCGUCAGGGCUUUGUUUGGACUUGCGAAAGUUCUUGCUCCAAGCAUCAUAUUUGUGGACGAGAUAGAUUCCUUACUAUCGCAAAGAUCCGGGUCUGGUGAACACGAGGCUACUCGUAGGAUCAAAACCGAGUUCCUCAUCCAGUGGAGUGACCUACAAAGGGCUGCUGCCGGUAGAGAAACCACAGAUCGCGAUAAGGAAAGGGGCGACGCCAAUCGAGUCCUCGUCCUAGCGGCCACAAACCUACCAUGGGCCAUUGACGAAGCGGCGCGUCGACGAUUCAAGCACGGCCUUUCGGAAGAUGAUUUAGCGACGCUCGUUAACCUGACAGAAGGCCUGAAAGAGUACGAGGACUGGGCCAAAGAGUUCGGGGAGCGUGGUGGCUAA